AUUUUAUUGACAUUGUGACAUUUUCCCUAUAUUUUGACAAUAUUUUAUAAACACAAUGUUUAUAAUGAAAACCCUUAAUAUUGUGACACUUUUAUGACAUUGUGUUAUUUUUUGACAUUGAAAUUUUUUCCGUGCACUUAGACGAUGGAGCUUGUGACAUUUUUUAUAAUAUUGACUACCAAAAGUUUUAUAUGUUAUUAUUAUUUUAAUAUUUUAUUAUAACUAGCAUCGGAGUUCUAAUCUUCACUCUCAAAUUUAAUGUCAUAUUCCCCCGUCCCGCUAGAAUGUUCCCGUAACGGUUUAUGAUGCUUGAUUGACGAUAAAACAACUUAAUCCUUGUUCACACUCUGAUUAUUUUUAUUAAAUAAAAUUUACAUAUUCAGAAACUACAUUAAAACCGCUACAAAGCCUGAUAAAAAACGUAAAUGUGAUAAGAAUUUGAUAUAUAAAACAAGAGAUUAAAAAUGAUUUAAGUUGACCUUAUGAAUAGUGGACGAGAACCUUCUAAUGGGACGAAGGUAGUACGUUUUUUGAAAGUGACUUUUGAUGCCAAAAUAAAAAAUGAAAAAUAAUGAGGUAAUGCAAUAAUAAAAAAAUAAAUCAAGAUACUGUAAAAUCAAAAAAAAAGUACGCGGAGAAGCAUAAUAACGGUGACAACCAGAAAACAAAACUAUAAACUGAAAAAUAAAAAUACUAUGACCAAAAUGAUGCCUGCAAUAACAAUGUGAGGAGUACAUAUCCAGCAGCUCAGAGAUCUUGGAGUGGCAGUGGCGGAACUAGAAUUUUUUUUUAAGUUGGGGCACGAUUAAUGGGAAAACUUACUGGACAGGCGGAUGGCGCCACGGUGGGUUGGUACGGGCAGCGCCAAGGCGGGAGGGCACGGGCGCACGGCGGUCGGCGAUCUGGCUUCAGGAUCCCUAGGGACUGGCGGUCCGGUGUAGCGGCGUGCUGACGUGGCUCUGCUGCUUGCCUGUUUCACUACUUCGAUGCUUCCGGCUUACGCUUCUAUGCGGCUUUUGCAGUUUGAAGUUACAGACUUGCAGUCUGGGUGAAGGGAAGGGCUUUAGACCUUGUUGGGCACUGGAUCUUGGCUUGGUCUGUUUACAUUGUUUGCGCUGUUGGGCUUCCUUGGCCAGAUCGGCCCUGGACAGUUUUUUUCCUGCUUCUAAACGACAUCGUUCUACACUUCUACUUAAAAAAAAUCAGCCUUCCUGAGUUACCCGAUCGAUCAUCCCUAUCCUCCAGCCGGAAGCUACACCUUCAAGCUUCAGCCCACCGGAAAUUAUGGAACGGGCGAGUCCGGUGGCCCCAACCCCUUCCUAUACCCUAGUUCGUACGGCGGAAGCAGAGGCACUGCCCCCUACCCCCCGGCAGAUCCGCCCCUGCACACACGAUCUUCUUUUGAGCAAAACUCGAAUUCACCGCCAUAGCUUGCGAUUUAGAUGGCCUUGCGCCAUUAAUACCUCCUUCUCCAUCAAAUCUCUAUUUUCAAUGCUUAAUUUUGCAUCUUUAUGUAUCGAUCUGGUGGAGGAGGGUACAUGUACAAUGGUGGCGGUGGCGGUGAUGUGCAGCGGCAACGAUGUGCGGCGGCGGCGAUGUGCGAUGGCGUCGAUGUGCGAUGGCGACGACGACGAGGUGCGAUAUAUGGUGGCAACUAUGGCGUGCGAUGGCGGCGGUGAUGCAAGGGAGGUUUGCAGCAAAUAACCCGGUGAAAGUAGUAAGUGAGUAACACAACAACGAAAGAUGUAGUUAAAUGGGCGAGGCUAAAAUUGUCCAAUAAUAUAAUUUUUAUUCUUAUAUAGGUUUAAAACUUGAAGGAUUCCUAUUUACUUACCGGAGCUAAGUUUUAGUCCUAUGUAGGUCUUUUUCCCAUAAAACUACAUAUCCAAUAAGUAAAUACAGAGUACAAUGUAAAGAUACGGACGGAGGCGGCAACGCGGCAUGGCGACGGCUGUGGCAAUCAAGCAGAUAUGGAGACGGUUGUGGGUAGGUGUGUAGGCUUGCAGACGGCCGUGAUGCCGCGACAUGAGGACGGUGGCGGUAAGCAGGCAUGGAGACCGCGGCGGCAGUGGUUAGGCGCGUAGGCAUGGGGACAGUCGCGGCGCCGCAACAUGGAGACGGCGGGGACUGCGGGAGCCGCGGGGAAGGAGGAGGCAGAUGGUGCGGCAACAGCUAAUGGCUAGGUUUUUUGUAAAAUGAGUAGGAGGUUAGAGUUUUAUAUUAUUAAUCUAUGGGCAUAUUAGUCCAUGAAAUUAUUAAUUCCGUAGUACUUAAUUGAUUAAUUAAUUAAUUAUUAUGAAUUUAAAUAUUUUUUUGG